AUGGCUCCUCUGAUCUUCCACAUCCUCGCUGUCGCGUUGGCAGAGCCCAGCUUGCGUGGGGCAGAGAGAGAGCCUGCAUGUGGCCUACCCGGGCACGCGCAUCGCAUCGUGCACGGCAAGAACUCCCAGCAGUGCUCCUGGCCAUGGCAGGUGAGCCUCCGGAUGCAGCACAAGGGCAAGGGCAUGCACUUCUGUGGGGGCACUUUGCUCAAUGAGCACUGGGUGCUCACGGCGGCCCAUUGCGUCGCGUUUUUGGACGACUGUACCUUACCGCAGCUGCGCGCUGUUCUGGGAGGCUGGCGCGAGUCAAAGCCAACAGCCGCAGUGCAGCGUGGGGUUACGCAGGUGUUGAGCCACCCAGCCUUCGACGUACUUUCGGCCUACGACAUGGACCUUGCGCUGCUGCGCCUGGACCAACCCGUGGCCUUCAACGACUGCCUGGCACCUGCGUGCCUGCCCCACGAACCAAGCGAGCCCCGAGCAGGCAGAAGCUGCGCCAUCACAGGCCUCGGCCUGCUGGAGGAGUCGGGCACCAUGCCCAGCAUGCUGCAGGAGGCACGGGUCACCACUCUGAGCCCCGCGCCUUGGCCGCGCUUUUCUCCCGGUUCUGUGAAUCCGGACGGCAUCACAUGGACAAGGCCACCGCAGCCUUCGGGGCUCAAGGCUUUGGAAGAUCCGCCGCCCUUUGCCUUGUUCUCGGCGGCGCUUGCAAUGACCGACAGCAAAGUGGUCCGCAUUCCAACAGUGGAGAUGAUGGAGGAGGAGAAGACAGGAGCAUCUCUACGCCUGUCGGCGAUGUUCUUCCUGGGCUCCGCCAAUGUGCUUGAGACCUGCGAGCACUACUUGGACUUCAUCCUGUGGCUCAGGGCCUACUCCCUGGUUCCCAUGAUGUCCGCGCUGCUCAUGCAGGCUUUGCUGGUGGUCUUCGCCUUCUUGGGCCGCAGCCACCUCUUCAAGCUGGCCCUGAAGCUCCAGAUUUUCACGGGCCUGGUGUCCGUGGCUCUACUGGCCUGGGGCUGGGUGGAGUAUGCAGACACCUCUCAGGACGCCUGCGUAGGGACCGGCACGGUGGACCCCAAGUUGAUCGCCCUCGUCUUCCUGGUCCUUGGGUCUGUUGGGUUUCCUGCCUUGCUCCUGUCGGCACUUUGGCAGGGCUGCUGUGACAGCAACCAAAGGCUUUUCCGCCGAGCGCCCAGUCAAGUGUGA